AUGGUCCGGUCUCUCCUCCCCAUCGGCGUCGCCCUCAUCGGGGCCACGAGCGUCCUUGCCGCCGACUCAAUUCCCACCUGCUCGCUCACCCAGAAGUGCCCUGAGUCGGCGCCGUGCUGCUCACAAUACGGCCAAUGUGGUGUAGGUGCGUACUGCCUCGGCGGCUGCGACCCUCGUAUGUCCUUCUCGCUGGACUCGUGCGCACCUGAGCCUCAGUGCGUCAGUCGUGUCAUGAAGAUGAACAGCCUCGACCGCAUCGUCGAUGUUUCCGAAUACCUCGGCGACUCGUCCAAGGCCGACUGGGUUGCCCAGGGUACCCCGCUUGUCUACAACAACGAGGCUGUACUGCUUACUAUGCCCGCCAACUCCGUCGGCACUGUCCUCUCCUCCACCGGCUACAUGUGGUACGGCAAUGUCAAGGCCACUUUCAAGACGUCGCGUGGUGCUGGUGUCGUCACCGCCUUCAUUCUGCUCAGUGAUGUCAAGGACGAAAUCGACUACGAGUUUGUCGGCACGGAGCUGAACAUUGCCCAGACCAAUUACUACUUCCAGGGCAUUCUGGACUGGCACAACUCGGGCAACAUCUCCCUGUCCGAUACCUACGAGAACUACCACACCUACGAGAUCCAGUGGACCCCUGACUCCAUCACCUGGCUUGUCGAUGGCCAGGUCGGUCGUGUUCAGAAGAAGUCUGACACCUGGAACGCCACUGCCAACCAGUGGAACUUCCCUCAGACUCCGUCGCGUGUUGAGCUGUCCAUCUGGCCUGGCGGUGCGCCGUCCAACGCCCCCGGCACCGUUCAGUGGGCGGGUGGUCCCAUUGACUGGAACUCGGCCGACAUUAAGAACUACGGCUACGAUUUUGCGACCUUCACCGAGGUCGAGAUCCAGUGCUACAACGCUUCGUCGGCGCCCGGUACCAAUAACGCCGUUUCGUACACGUACAACAACUGGCUCGCCACAAACAACACCGUUGUCAACGGCGACAAGAACCCCAUCAUGAAGAACUUUGAGAACACUGGUCUGGACAUGACAUCUGGCCCUGACGCCGGUUCGUCGUCGACCAGCAGCGCCGCCGGCAGCAAGAAGACCAACAGCAACACCGUUCCGGGCGGCACCUCGAACGGCCCUGGCAACUCCCAGGGCAACGGCGACUCGAGCUCUGGCUCGGGCUCGGGCUCGGGCUCGAACUCCGGCGGCUCGUCGACAGGUAGCUCCUCGGGCUGCUCGACGACCGGCUUCUCCCAAAGCUGCGACAACGGCAACAGCGGCAGCUCGUCUAAGAGCGACGGCGGUCGCAUUGUGGGCGGCGAGCGGAUCAUUAGCGCCAGUGCAUUUGCCGUGGUCGUUGCGCUGGGUGCCAUGAUGGUACUGUAA